GACCCUACACAUCUUACAUUAAGUCUUCUUGUAUCGUUUACAUCAUCUUCCAACACUCAUUCAUACUAUUGAUAUCUUUGGAAUUUACUAUUCUAACACACAGUUCACUGCUCCAAGUGUCUACAUCACGGUUCGGUAUACUUUCAGAGAAAAUAUUGGUAUUGCAUAUGGUCGCAGCUAUGAGACAAAGUCAAACCGGCAAACAUUCGCUAUUGAUAAUUGUUACUCUUUUAAGCUCAAAUUUCGCUCAGGCAAACACUAUCUUCGAGCGGGCGACAUGUCCUCAAGCGGACUAUGUACAAUGUGCAAAUACUGGGCUACCAUCAGACUUUUGCUGUCCUUCUACUUCGACUUGUAUAGCUUUAGCACAAAACACCACCCUAUUAUGCUGUCCUAGUGGAAGUGAUUGUAGCACUAUCCAACCCAUCACUUGCGACAUCACUCAACAAAAUAUCACUUCACAUCCUGAAAACACACUCAAAACUACAGCUCUAACAGCAACUUUGGAACAAUGUGGAAGCAACUGCUGUCCAUUUGGUUAUACUUGCGUAAAUGGCAACUGUCAGAUGAACGCCGAUCAAGCGGAUUCCGUUCCAGGUCAACAACAGAGUUCUGCAGGGAGUACCGGAACAUCAUCUAUAGCCACGAGCUCAGGUACACAAGUAACUGCUACCUCGGGCAGUCCCUCUUUCACUAACCCGUCGUCUACUUCAACCCCAUCUUCAACCGGCACACCUAUAACUAUCAUUCCAAAAACAUGCGACAAAUACCCUGUCGAAGCAAUCCUCAUAGGUUUAUUUCCAGGUAUCGCCAUAGGGGCUCUUCUUGCUCUUCUCACUGUAUGCUGUCUCGGUCGCCGCAAGCCUUCCCAACGCAAAAGCGGUUCCUCCUUUGGAAAUAUCUCCGACCCUGUCCCUACCAGCUACGUGCGUACCGAUUUCCUCCGCAAAAUGCCUCAAACUCCUUCUACAUCCGCAGGCGGUACUCCUCGAAGAAACAAAACCAUUACACGUGUUCAAUCCUUGUUUCGAAAGUCCACCGCCACAGGAAUGUCCAAUAGUCCCACCAUAGCUUAUCAAAAUAGUCCACCUCCAGCAUUACCAAUCCCGCUCAAUAUUCAAAGAAACAAACAAAUGCAAGUACCCAAUCGACCCAUUACUCCUCCUCUACAACGCGAACCGAGUUUUGAAGAUAUAAACAUCUUUACAGAUGCCGACACCGCGAGUUCGUUUCGACAAGUUAGAGAACAACAAAAUCAAACCCAAUCACAAAGUGUAAAUCAUCUGGGCGUACCGCCUACAUUCGGAAUACAAGCACAGGAAAGAGGAAGUCACAAUACUACAUUCACGGAUAUGUUGGAGAAGAGUGGCUUGGCUGGAUUACAAAAGGGUCAACGUACGUACCAACUCCUUGAAGAUAAUUUGUUGAAACGAGAGGGUUGGAAAGAUAGGGAGGGAUAGAUGAUUUGUGUUUUUAUUUUGUUAUGUUUUUCUUUUUUGAAUGUUUUUUUCUUUUUUGAAUGUUUUUUUCUUUUUGGAAUUACUUUUGAAUUUUUGAAUUUUGAGAUGUGCAGUUGCUAAUUGUGUUUGUUUUUUUCCGGCGAAAAGCGUAUGUUUAUCGAGGAAGUGUAACGGCUUAUACACCCAGUCCACCACAGAGAGAUAGGAUGGGAAAGUAAUGAUUUAUUAGCGGGCUAUAGAUUGGGGGUAGGAUACGAUAGGAUAGGAUGGCAAAGGCCUAGGGUGAAGAUUGAAGAUUGAUUUUUUUUAGGUGUUAUGGAUAGGAAGUAUAGUAUAGAUAAAUAGAUAAUUGGUGACUCGGGGAGAGUUUAACGAAUGCUUUUGAAUAUUAAAAUCCGCAAGUUCGGAUAGGAUGGGAGUUAUAAGGGGGAAUGGAUUGGGGAUUUGUUGUGAUAUGUUGCGUUGUAUUGUGUUGUAUUACAUUACAUUACAGUAUAGUAUAUUAUAUUAUAUUAUAGUUUAUAGUUUAAUGUUGGAUAUCGAGUUUAAGGAGUUGUAUAUAUAAAUACAGAUCGUAAUGGAAAUA